AUGAAUUUGUUAGGAAGUGUGAUCAUUUGUACCGUCCUAUGGGGUUUUGUUUUGGCACUGCCAUUGAUAAGCCUUGAGGAAACUGAUCCUGAACUGACAGCUGGAUUUGUAGAGGGCGACAUGAUUUUAGAUACUGUUAGCCGUAAUGGUUUGCGUGCUGAAGUUUACAGAUGGCCCAACAAUACGGUCUACUAUAAAUUCUUUACAGAGUUUGACCAGGAACAUCGUGACCAUAUUUUACGUGGCAUGAAAAUGAUUGAGGAUGUUUCCUGUAUUCGCUUCGAAGAGGCAACCAAAAAUACCAAACGAUUCGUAAAUAUUACUGGUAAUGCAGGUGGUUGCUCUUCUACUGUCGGAUACCGCAGUAAGGGAUCCCAGUCAUACAAUUUGCAGCUGUAUCCCUUGGAUAAGGGCUGUUUCCGUUUGGGUACAAUUAUCCAUGAAUUUUUGCAUGUCCUUGGUUUUUAUCAUAUGCAAAGCACUGCGAAUCGUGACGAGUAUGUAUUCAUCAAUGAAACGAAUGUCAAGGAUGGCAAACUUCACAAUUUCAAAAAAUAUGACGCCGAAACUGUCGAUGAUUUCGAUCAGGGAUAUGACUAUGCCAGUGUUUUGCAUUAUUCCGCAUUUGCCUUCUCGGCUAAUGGUGAAAUGACCAUUGUACCAUUGAAAGAUGCAGACGCUGCUGCUGUUAUGGGCCAGCGUGUUGGUAUGAGCCAGAGUGACAUUAAUCGUUUGAAUUUAAUGUAUCGUUGUCCGGUUAAAGUUUAA